CGCAUACAAAAAAAACAUCUACGGUGAGCCACGAUAACUUGAUUACAUGGAAUCUCCAUCUACAGCUUCUAGAGUACAUUAAAGAAUAUCCAUCUUAACACUUAUCCCAGCUUCUCGGUAUUGUCAGUCUGAGUUAUGGGGUCGAAGUAGCUCAGAGACAUUUCAAUCAAUCACGUGAUUGGAUUUAUGGAUUUUAAUCUAUUGAGUUUGGCUGUUGGGAGAUGAGGCUUGGCGUAAAUAUUCAAUCAAUGCCUUUCUCGAUCAAACCGGACUUUAUAAGCUUCGUUGCGGGAGAAGAAAAACCUGGGAUCUGUCGUUGCCCCGAGAAACCACCGCAUCCAGGGAUGGAUGGGAUGUAAACAACUCUUGUCAUUGCGACGGCAGCAACAGCCAGGGUCGAUCACCUUCUUCUCCUCUCCAACUGCACCUUUUUCCAAGAUGUCAUCUUUUUGUUUUUAAGGAGCGGUAGUCUCUCUCAUUUCUUUGGCUUCUGCAGGAAUAACUCUUUUUGUGCUGCCGCUGGUCCAUGCUGGGCGGAUCAGGCCCAUCUUUCUAUUCCAAACAAAGCCUGCUGGUAUUUGGCUUUGUCCAGAACUGCUCACAAUGCCUGGACCUGUCUCAGAAGCCCCGAGCGUGUCUUUGUCCUUUGCGAAUAAUUUUUGGGGUAAAGAUGACGCAGGCGUUUCCCCAAUGCUAGAGCGCGUUCACAAUGCCAAAACUACGUGCGAUGAACUGAAAGCCUUCUACAGCACCCGCGCUGCCAUAGAGGAUGAAUACGCAAGAAAGCUCCUGAUAUUAUGCAGAAAAGCUCUCGGUUCUAGUGAGUCCGGGACGUUGCGCGCCUCACUUGAUACCGUUCGCGCAGAGACAGAAGCGAUUGGCAAGACACAUGCAGCUAUUGCUUCUCAGAUGAAAAGUGAGUUAGAAGAACCAUUAGCUGCUUUUGCUGGUGGUAUGAAAGAACGCCGUAAGAUUGUACAGAAUGGCAUUGAAAAGCUUCUCAAAACCAAAAUACAGCAAAUGCAUGCUGUCAACAAGUCACGAGACCGCUAUGAACAAGACUGUCUCCGGAUCAAAGGUUACUUGGCCCAAGGACACAUGGUCAUGGGACAGGAAGAACGCAAGAACAAGGCAAAACUGGAGAAGACGCAGAUACAACUAGCUUCCAAUAGCAGCGAGUACGAAGCUGCUAUAAAAGUACUCGAGGAAACAACCGGCCGCUGGAAUAAAGAGUGGAAGGCUGCUUGCGAUAAAUUUCAAGAUUUGGAAGAAGAAAGGCUAGAUUUUACUAAGAGUAGUCUAUGGAAUUAUGCAAAUAUUGCUUCGACUGCGUGCGUUAGCGACGAUGCUUCCUGUGAAAGAAUCCGGGUAUCUCUUGAGAGUUGUGAGGUAGAAAAGGAUAUCAGCACAUUCAUAAUGGAGAGGGGGACAGGACAGGAAAUCCCUGAUCCGCCCAAGUAUAUUAAUUUUUGCCGCGGAGACCUUAACGAUACCUCCUCAGAAACAUCCGAAGAAGAGAGCUAUUCGGUUGCACAGUUCCAGCGAACCAUUAAUCCAGCAUACAGAAGCUCUUCACCCGCACCUUCUAGUCAUGAAUCUCAUCAUGAACCCCAGGCAAACCUCGUGACAAGGCAAGUGGCACAUCCUGAUUCGUCCACACCGGCAAGCAGAGAAUCUACUGUGACCCCACAGCGAACACAGAAGCCACAGAGCUCACAGCAGCAGCAGCAGCAGCAACAACAACAACAACAACAACAACAAUUACAACAACAGCAGCCGCCUCCUCCUCUUGAUCUCCGACGUGGAGGACAAGUUCCACCUAAUUAUCAGCCCAACCACCAUGGUGAUAUCCCAAACGUGCCUCACAAUGAGUAUCCUACCGACGGAAUGACAAUGUUCUGCAGAACCGGGCCACCUUCUGAAAGAAGCAGUGGAACCAGUGCCAAUCGGCCAUCUAGCAGAGACUCUCAUAGUGACAUCUCCAACCCAACUUCGUUCUCCAGUAUGGAGCCACCCAGUGCCAAACAAUCCCCUAAGAAACCAGUUAACGGCACUGCUCUUCCCGGGAUGGUUGCUAGUAAACAAGUCCAGAAAAAGAGGAGUGGAUUUUUCAGCAACAGUCCUUUCCGGAGAAAGAGUAAGCAUGAUAAGGAGCGUCAAGUUACGGCUCCUACGAACCGUAGCACUUGGUCUGCACCACCGCAAAAACAAACAAGCCCGAUUAGGCCAAAAUAUGAAAAGCCAAAAUAUGAUGUUGGUCGCCCUUCAGGAACCCCUGAACCCGUUGACCCAAGAGCCAAUUUCCAGCUAAACAUUGGCAAUAAUGUUUUCGACGUUGCUUCGCCAGAUGGCGCUCCUCCUGCGGCCACAAAUGCAACUAAAGACGGAGAUGACCUGGACCCCAUAGCCCAAGCCCUUGCCGAUCUCAAAGGAGUGGGGAAACAGUCAUCAGUUCGCGUCUCAGCUGAUCGGUAUCAUGGAAUUACGACACCGGUCCCUCCAAGUGUCGCCUCUAGCAGCAUAGUAGAUGGGAAUAUCGCUGCUGCCCAGCGUGGCACUCCGCCUCCAGCAUACAAUGAUCAAUCAGUGAAGCGACUUGGUGCUCCCCAGCCAGCAUUUACCUCAGCCCAGAUGCAGAAAACUACCCGUAAUUAUGUUGGACAAACGCAGGAGAUGUUCAACAACAACUCUACCCGGACGAACCAGGCUGAAAAUAGAGUCAAUCAGGCAAUUCCCCGAGCUAUAUCCCCUGCACCACGAAGAAGCCUAAGCCCCCAGCCUCCCCCGUCCCGUGGAGGGGAGCCGCGCCAGCAGUACGACAGCCGAAACAAUCCUAGCCCUUCCUCUUACCACUCUCACUCAGGCAGCAUGGGCAGCAGAUAUCGCCAAUCUCCAACCGUAACCCCGACAAAAGUAAUUGCUAGUCAUUCAUAUUCGCCGCAGCAGUACUCUCGUCAUGGGUCCCCAAAUGACGUUCAAGUACAACGCGCCGUUUCGCCUCAACCACAGUUUAGACGGCAGGAACGGCCAUCUAGUGCGAGCGGAAUGGAACUUCAGCUGUCACAUAGUCAAGUUGACCCGUAUGGCGGCGGGCAUACCCAUGAUUAUGGAAACCACGCUACUCGGGGCAACUCACGGCCAAUGUCAAUGUACUAUGGCUCCGCACCGGACGUUAGCCAAGGCAGUCGUGCCAGAAGCAGGAGUGUCGCAACUACAGAUGGUAAUCAGCAGCUCAGUGUGGAUGUGCGUCCGGUGUUACAUUAUGCGCGUGCAAUGUACAGUUAUACCGCUGCUAUCCCUGAGGAGCUCGGCUUCACCAAGGGGGAUAUACUCGCGGUCCUCAGACACCAAGACGAUGGAUGGUGGGAAGCAGAAGUAACCGGGCCCCAGCGAACCCACCCUGGCCUAGUCCCGAGCAAUUAUCUCCAGCACUGCUAAAAUAAAUAAAUAAAUAACUAAUAAUUUUUUAAAACGAACCGCUCACCACGAUUUAAAUGUCAACGACGACGUACCCCUCACCGAUUGAUUUUGGUGCCCUCUUGCUAAUUCGAUCUACCAGCCCAACACACCUACGCCCGCGCAGACGCUUACACCCGGUUUCUUUGAUAGAUCUGGGCUGCGAUGGUUGUUGUAGAGCGUCAUUUUUCAAUUCAUAAAGAAUAUCCCUGUGAUAAUUCAUAAACCAGUGAUAUUUAUAAAUCCAAUUUGCGUUUUUUUUUUUCCUCUUGAAACUAUGCACACCUCCCUCAUUUCUUUUGUUUUAGCAAUGUGUUCCAGAAUGGCCUCUUUGAUCUUGUUGGUUGCUUUUCUUCUAUUUACCUUUUAUUUCGAUUUCGAUAUGUUUUGUUUUGAUUAUAUUUGAUUCAAGCAGGCCAAUGUGCUUUUGACUCUGACUUCGUUUCCCGUUACUCCCCUUGCUGACCAUGCACCCUUUUUUCCCCUUCAGCGUUAUUUAUAUAUCUUGGACGAGUAGCUUAAUUGAAAUCCGAAUGAAGCUUAUGACAUUUAAUUAUCAAGCCGUUAAUGUGAAGCUAGGGAAUAAUAUAUGAUCCACGUACGUAGAUUCUCACCAAAUAAAUGAAGUUGAUUGCUGCUGCUCCAUCGACAAGGAGGCUUGCAUCGGAAGUGGUAAGCAGUAAUGAGAAUCUAACAAAUAGAGCGCAUAUAAAUGAAGAAGCCAGCCAGAUAUGCAUGAAAGGAGC